CGGUUGUGAAAUCUUGCCAGAAACAUGAAAGCUGUAAUCGCUCUUCUCGGACUCGUACUCUGCAUUGCGGGAGCAAUGGCUACUCCUGUCGUAGUUGGAUUUCCUCUUCAGCUGCCAAUUGGUGUGGGUUUCGGAGUGCCACCACCACCUCCUCCUCCACCGCCGCCUUAUGGAUAUUAUUCUUACCCCCCUCAUCAUCAUCAUCACGGAUAUGGAUAUGGAUAUUGAGAAACCAAUGCGAGGGUGGGGGAAAUAUUUUUGAAUUUAAAAGGCAUCAGUAUGUCGGCAUGUGUGAACUUUCGAAUACGAAAUAAAACAAUAUUUAUUAUGUUA